AUGCUAGUGCAAAAGAGCAUUCUAACCCACCCCCCCCUCCCCUCCCCCCUUCCCCCUCCUCCCUUCCGCCCAUCUAUCGGCCCUGGCAGGUGGCGCUUCUACCCAUGUGCUCCCAAGGAGCCGAAGCAUCCAUCUGGGUGGGUGGCGCAGCUUGUGCGGAAUGGCAUUGAGGAGAUCAAGGUGAUAGGGGACCCGCACCCCCACGAGAGGGCAUUCAAGGUGCUUCAACCUCAGCCGCCGACCAAGGUGGCGCUUUUUCCCGUGUGCACCCAAGGAGCCGAAGUGUCCAUCAGGGUUCGGUUUCUGCUGCUUCCACUCCAUACCCGACUCGAUGCCUAUUUCCACCCAUCAGUCCUCCUCCCUGGCCAUACUUCUCCUUUCCAUCAGGCAACACAGGGAGUGUGUGAGCUCACACAGAGGUCACAGAGGACUAGAGGCUUUGCGGACGAGCGCAUGGUGCGGUCGCACGAGGACAUGAACUUCACUCUCACCGAUGAAUGCUUACACGUGGAACCUUUAUCCCCCCUAUUCCCUCCCCUCCCCUCCAAUUGUCCUCCAUCAAGCCUCGUAGACGAGCGCAUGGUGCGGUCGCACGAGGACAUGAACUUCACUCUCACCGAUGAAUGCUUACACGUGGAACCUUUAUCCCCCCUAUUCCCUCCCCUCCCCUCCAAUUGUCCUCCAUCAAGCCUCGUAGACGAGCGCAUGGUGCGGUCAAACGAGGACAUGAACCUCACUCUCACAGACGAGCGUUUUGCGGACGAGCGCAUGGUGCGGUCGCACGAGGACAUGAACUUCACUCUCACCGAUGAAUGCUUACACGUUUUGCGGACGAGCGCAUGGUUUUGCAGACGAGCGCAUGGCUUCGCCGACGAGCGCAUGGUGAGGUCGCAUGAGGACAUGAACUUCACUCUCAAGGAUGAGCGCUCGGGCAAGCAGCUGCGAGUCAACUUCUACUGGGUGGACGGCAUUUACAGGAACCGCGAAUACGGCUGCUCGCUGAGAGGGCAGUACACGCACAACUACCACACCUUCCCCAACAUCUCAACAACAGCUAACGUGACAAUCAUAGAGGGCGGCUACUGGGCCGGCAAGUGGUGUGCCGAGCCGCUGCAAGCCCUCCGCGCCCGCCUCCCCGAGUUCUUCAUCUGGGCACUGCUUGCCGCCCGGGCCAACCGCGCCCGCGUCGUCUUCCGAACGCCGCCGCCCGUCCCAAACGCCGGCUCGCAUUGCUCGGAGUAUGCGGUUAAGCGGGGCUUCGCCGGGCCUGCGACGAACCUGUACCUGGCUGCGGCCAAUCGGCACGCGCGCCAGCUGGCGGCGUCAGUGACGCGAGGCGCUGAGAUGGCGGUGUUUGAUUCGUGGGCCGUGGAGGUGCCGCGGUACGGCGACACGUGUCCCGGGGAUCAUCAUUACUCGUGCUUUUUGGGCGGGCAGAAACGGACGAAGCCGGUUGUGAGGGGGGGGGUGGGAGAUGCAGUUGCGAGGACUUUCCUGCAUUUCUUGCUGCACUCGCUGCCUAUGGAGAGUAGUAGCACUGCAGAAGAGCAAAACAAAUCCUGA